AGUAGAUAUUAGAUAACGAACAAUUUACAAUUUGUAUAAUGGAAUAAAAUGAUUAAAAUUUAAAUUAAGAUUUGUAGAAUAUAAAGAUUUACAAGACGUGAUUUAACGAUUCGUGUCAAUAUACGUUUAAAUAUUUAACACACUAAUAAUGGAUUUUUCGUUACUAGAACCAACUUUGUACACAGUAAAAGGCAUGGCUAUUUUGGACAAUGAUGGCAAUCGCAUACUGGCCAAAUACUAUGAUGACAAUAUAUUUCCAACGAUUAAAGAACAAAAAGCAUUUGAAAAAAAUCUAUUCAACCGCACUCACAGAGCAAAUGCAGAAAUUAUCAUGCUGGAUGGAAUUACAUGUCUGUACAGGAGCAAUGUGGAUCUGUUCUUUUACGUCAUGGGCAGUUCACAUGAGAAUGAAUUGUUAUUGAUGAGCGUCUUACAAUGUAUGUACGAUUCAAUCAGUCAAAUUUUAAGGAAAAAUGUAGAAAAACGAGUUGUGCUUGACAACUUAGAUGUUGUUAUGUUGGCGUUGGAUGAAAUUUGCGAUAAUGGUAUUAUAUUGGAAGCCGAUUCUGGAGCAGUUGUACAGAGAGUAGCAUUACGAACUGAUGACAUACCAAUUGGAGAACAAACAGUUGCACAAGUUUUCCAGUCAGCAAAAGAACAGUUAAAAUGGUCAUUAUUGAAAUAAUGAAUAUUUUAUUAAAGUCUUUCAGGUAUAAGAUGUAAGACAUACCAUUAUUUCCAUUGUUUAUUUAAUACUAUAUAUUUAUAACUUAAACUUAAUACACAUAAAUUUAUAGAUGAACUUGAGAAAA